GAACAAUUUCCUGCAGUCAUGUCAGUGUGCAAGAAGCAGAUUCUACCUGCAGAGGUGUAAUUUAAAGGGACCAUGGAGCAAACUUUCGUCCGAACUCGGCCACGUUCAAUGGAUUUCAAAAAUCUAUCAGGAAGUAGUUUAAGUACGAUCGUUCGAAAGCAAUAGGGCACAUACACAAAUGGAAUCGAAGAAGUGCGCGUGCCAGGCGUCUGAAUCAAGUUCAGAUGAGGAGGUCGUGGAUUCGAUUGUAGUUGCCCAUACGCCUGGAGUCUCUAUAUCACCUACACACCCUAGAGAUGCGUUGUCUUUGGAAGGAUUUAAUAAUGAUUUUGUUCCACCUUUGGACACGAAACACCAGUGCCAGAUCUGUAUGCUUGCCCUUCGAGAACCUUAUCAGACUCAAUGUGGUCACCGAUUUUGUCACAGCUGUAUCUUACGAUGGAUUCGGCAACGUCCAACCUGCCCUAUGGACAAUAAAACUUUAACCGAGGAUAUGUUAUAUCCAGAUAACUUCGCCAAGAGAGAAAUAUUUUUAUUAAAAGUGAGAUGUAAGAACAAGAGUAGAGGUUGUAGCAGCGUAAUGGAGUUAAAUUAUUAUGAGGAUCACCAACCUGUUUGUCCUUAUGGUCUAAUCCCGUGUCCGCUUGGUUGUGGUAUGGAUGUUAAAGUAAAGGAUGUCGAAAAGCAUGAAAAAUACAUGUGCGUUUUACGCCGAUAUGAAUGUAACGAAUGCGGUGAUCAGCUUACGUACCAGAAAGUUGGGGAACACCAGAAUACGUGUCCGAAAUCUAAAAUUCCCUGCAGGUUUUGCCAGGUCAUAAUGACAAGAGAUAAGCUUGAUCAUCACCAACGAAAGGAAUGUCCCGAGGUCUUAACAAAGUGUACAUUUGCUUCUUAUGGAUGUGAUAUCGUGGAAAAGAGAAAGUCUUUAGACAAUCAUAUCGAAAAGUCAACGAAUAAGCACUUGGAAUUACUUAACCAAUUCAUCCUAAACCACGGGCUAUUUUGGGAAUCAGGCACCCAUGGCUUGGAUGAUUUCACACCACGAUGCCAUGAAAACUCCCUGUCAAGGAACGCUGCGCAAAGAAGGCCAGCAUCUUUGGACUUUACACAGGGUAGAAGAGGGGAUUCAACUCAAGAUGUUUCCAGGCAGGAAUCGGAUGUUUAUGCAGGGUCAGAUCCUGGCCCGAUGGCGAGUGGUUCCAGUGACUACGGUUCAUGUAGUUAUAGAGAAGGUUUUAACAGUCAUGGUGCUAUCUUGGACAAGUGUGGCUCUAUCUCUUAUCCGCCAGCUGGACACGAAGCUCAAGCCAAAAUAAAAUCUCUACAACAGCAGGUUGUUGAACAAGGACAAGUCAUUGUUGAACUGCAGGGUAAAGUCUUGCAGCAGCAAAACUUAAAAGAUGAGUUAGUGCGCAUGCAGUCCAAGCUUGAGCAGGUUGAAGAACGGGUAUGCAAUGGACAGUACAUUUGGCGAAUCGACCAAUAUUCUAAGCUCAUUGAAGAUGCCACGAAGGGAAAAAUGACCGUGAUACAUAGCAAAGGAUUCUAUACUAGCAUCUACGGGUAUAAAGUGUGUCUACGAAUUAACCUGAACAAUAAGGGAACAUACUUAUCCAUAUUUGUACACCUAAUGCAAGGGGAUUACGAUGAUUUCUUAGACUGGCCAUUUUCGGGGAAGAUUUCCUUGCGAGUGUUAGAUCAGAACACGUUGAUCCGAGAGAGAAAACCUGUGACAGAAACAUUUGUUGCUGGUCCGCAAUUGGCAGCAUUUCAAAGGCCAACCUCCGCCAGGAACCAUAAGGGAUUUGGCUACAUGGAAUUUAUACCACUCGGUGUGAUACGUGAUGGGACUUAUAUAAAAGACGAUACGUUAGUCAUAAAGGCCGAAAUAUCAGAACAUAGGCCGACUGAAUAGAAAUAUUAGGAAUUAGGAUGGAAAUAUUGAACAUUCUGCCUUCCUCGGCAUAUUUGGUGAUAAAUUUUCAAGAGUUUUAACAGGUAAUCCCUUGGACGAUGGAUCGAUUUGUCUUCUUUGGUGCAUGUAACCUUUAGUCUUCGAACAAAAUUAUUAGCGAAGUUCUUUGCGAUAACGAAAUUCGGGUCUUGGCAUAAGGCCUGCUCUUUACGUGACAUUGCCUGCACAGUACAACUGCGAGUUACAGCAGUGCACCUCUCACUUUUAAGUUAAUAAUAUGUCAUGCAAAGAUAACUUUAAAGGCACUCUACGGGUUUAAGACAAAUCAUAUUGAAUCAUUACGCAUUGCAAGAGUUUAAUUCAAUGCCUUUUUAUGUUCAGACCUGCAGCCAAACAUGUAUUACCCCGAAAUUGAGUUGCAGGGAAUUGAGUUGCAGGGAAUAUCAGACAAGUGAUUUCCAUUCAAAAUCUUUAUAAUAGUCUAACUGCAUUGACUGACAUAGAUCAGAGAUUCAACCAGGUCGAACUCCUCUAAAUAGGCUACGAUGUCAAAUCGCGGACAGCGACCUUGAAUGAAAUCUGGCAUUCCGUCGUACGAUGCGGAUUAAAAAAGAACGGAUCGGAAUCUGUUAAUUUUGAACGAUAUCGUGGGUCUCAUCUUGCCCUUGCCUUAACUUGGGUAACAGACAGUCACUGAGCUCUUUAAAGGGACUUGACGCGCACAUGGUAAUAAAUCUUGGGAUUAUCGCGAGUGGUAUUCUCGUAGCAUCAGGAGCUCUAGCCUGGACUCGAAAGUUACGAAUAUCUCUUGACGUGUCACUGUCAGUGUCAUUUGAAUUCAGUCUCCAACCAAAGCAUAUGUCGUGUAUUGAAUAUCGGGAGCUUUUUAUGCCACCAUUCGUCUUUUCACACGAGGGACUUCAUCUUUCGUCUUAGGACGGGCUUGUAUUGUAACUUUUCUAAUUUAGAUAUAUGUAUGUAUGUUACAGCCCCUUAAGGACUGCUUCAAUAUAGGCACCUACACUGGCUCCUUCUUUCUCAAAGGUUCUGUUCCCUGAUCCUUUGAGUGUAGAGUUCGGGGAGGGAGGGGGGGGGUUGGGUAGGGGCAGAAUAACUACCUACUGAAGAGACGAGGAGCCAUGACUCUUUACGACGAACUGUUCAACGGUAAGUGCAGCCCUUAUCAAGGCUAUGUGUUUCAAUGUUCAUUCUCGCUUGAGGGAGAAAAUAUAAAGUUUUAUGA